AUGCGGCCAACACUCCGAGCGCUCGCGCGCUACCUCGAACCCGGCACGCCCACGGGUCUGACGGGCCUGUGGACGCACGCCACGCCCCGGUCGACGCUCCUCUUCCUCUACGGCAGCACCCUCCACAAGCUCCAGUCGCUGCCGGCGACGUCGCUCUAUCGCCAAUCGGUCGAGGCGGUGACCAAGCAGCGCCUGGCCCUGGUCGAGCAGUACACGCCGCCGGGCUACGAGGCCUGGGCGGCCAAGGCCAAGGAGCUGGUGCGCAGCAGCAGCAGCGCCGAGAAGUUCCGCGUGGCCAGCGGCCGCGUCGACGGCAGCGAAGCCCGCACCGUCAAGCUUGGCGACCGCGUCUUCGUUGUCGGCUACAAGCACCUCCCCGGCGACGAGCGCGUCGAGGAGUGGGACGGCGAGGAGAAUGAGGGCGGCGAGCUCGAGGGCAUCCGCACCCCGGCCGAGCGCGCCGACCAGGUCAUCUGGGCCGAGCGCAAGCCGCUCGAGGACCACGAGAAGAUUGAGUGGGCGGACGAGCCGCAGCUCACGGCCGAUCAGAUCCACGAACUUGAGCAAAAGAUUGGCGCGGGCCUCAUUGAGGAGAUCAUUGAGGUUGCCGAGGGCGAGUUGAAGAUUAUCGAGGUCAUGGAGAAGGCCAAGGUCUGGGAAGACCUCGAGGAGAAGCCCGUCGAGGGCCAGUGGUCAUACUUUGACCGACCCUGA